CUGCGCAGGCGCGCUAUGGAUGGCUAGAGUCCCUGAAAGUGUCUGUGAAGUUCAGGUUUCAGCCGAAACAUGAGGACGAUAUUAGCCGUUUUUCCGCUCAUAUUUUCUCUGUUUUCCGCAGACAGACUCCACGGUCUGCCUCAUUCAUAUCUGCGUCCUCAGUCCAGAGAACCUGAUGGAACUAAGUGGGACCCCCAGUUUACAGAGAAGUACUUCACUCAGACGGUGGACCACUUCAACUUUAACAGCAUGGGGAACGGGACCUUCAAACAGCGUUACCUGAUCACAGACCAGUACUGGAGUAAAGGCUUUGGUCCCAUCUUCUUCUACACCGGCAACGAAGGGGACAUCUGGGAGUUUGCUCUGAAUUCUGGGUUCAUCACAGAGUUAGCUGCUCAGCAGAAAGCUCUGGUCAUAUUUGCUGAACACAGGUACUAUGGCCGAUCUCUGCCAUUUGGCAAAGACUCCUUUAACAUCCCUCAGGUAGGGCUGCUGACGGUGGAGCAGGCCCUCGCUGACUACGCCGUCAUGAUCACAGAGCUGAAACAGCAGCUGGCAGCCACUGACUGUCCAGUCAUUGUGUUCGGUGGCAGUUAUGGUGGGAUGCUGUCGGUCUACAUGAGACUGAAAUAUCCAAACGUUGUGGCUGGAGCUCUGGCAGCGAGCGCCCCUAUCCUGUCUACUGCUGGCCUUGGAGACCCAGGACAAUUCUUCAGAGAUGUUACGGCUGACUUUGAGGAGGUUUCUACGGCCUGCAGAGAUGCUGUGAGAGCAGCUUUCCAUCAGCUGAAGGAGUUAGCUGAUCAUCAAGAUUACAGCCGCAUCCAGGCAGAGUUUGCUCUGUGUAAGCCUCCAUCUUCCGGUCAGGAUGUCCACCAGCUCUACGGCCUCCUGAGGAACGCCUUCACUCUGAUGGCCAUGCUGGACUAUCCAUACAGCACGCACUUCAUGGGCAACUUGCCCGCCAACCCCGUCAAGGUGGGCUGUGAGACCAUGCUGAGGGGAUCUGAGCUGCUGGCUAACCUCCGGGACACCGCAGGGAUCGUUUACAACUCCAGUGGGGUGCUGCCCUGUUUCGACCUGUACAGUCUGUACGUGGAGUGUGCUGACCCGACCGGAUGCGGACUGGGCCUGGACAGCCUGGCCUGGGACUACCAGGCGUGCACAGAGAUCAACCUGUGUUAUGACAGCAACAACGUGACGGACAUGUUUCCUCCGAUGGCGUUCACCCAGAAAGACCGCGAGACGUACUGCUCCAAACGCUGGGCUGUGGUGCCCAGACCAGACUGGCUCAAAGUCCAGUUCUGGGGGGAUGCUCUCUCCACAGCCAGCAACAUCAUUUUCUCCAGCGGAGACCUGGACCCCUGGGCCAAUGGAGGGGUCAGGAAGUCUUUGAGCUCUGUGCUGGUAGCCCUCAACAUUUCAGGAGGGGCCCAUCAUCUGGACCUGAGAGGAUCUAAUGAAGCUGACCCAGCAUCAGUGAUCAGGGUCAGGAAGAUGGAAUCGGAGCUCAUUGCCCAGUGGGUGAAGAUGGAGAGGGUGAGACUGAAGGACUCACAUUAAACUUUCUUCAUAACUGAUUAUCCAGGACCGCUGCAAAUGAGUCAAAUAUGUGCUGAGCUCACCCAGAUCAAGAACCAGCUGAAACCAGUCCAUCAUUAAGCUGAAUGAAGGACUCCAGCUUUCCAGAUGGUGGACGUCAGAAUAAAUCAGCUUAUUUAUUUUCUUUCUUUCUUUCCUUCCUUCUUGGACAUCUAAUUAAAUCAGAUGUUCAGGAAAGAAAAAAAAAUAAAAGUACAAGUUUGUCGACAUUACAGAAAUAUUCUGUUCAUUUCCUCCAUCGUUGGGUCAACAGAUCACCUCCAGGAUCCAAAAAUCCAGGUUUACAUCAUCAGAGAAACCUGACCCAGUCAGGAGAAAAUGAGUUAUGAUUGUUUGUUUUGAUGCCAUUCAGAGAAUGUAAUGAUUGUUUAAUAAUAAACAAGAAGUUUGUGAUCUUAA